AUGGCUCCUUCGCCGCGGUCACCGAGCAAGAUGCUCUCACCGAGACAUCAGCGGAUCUCGGAUGAAGCCCUUUGUCUUCAGAUGCAGCAGUUCCUAGACAACUGGCACUACAUCGUGAUGAAAUCAUCCUUGGGCAAGACCAUGGAUCGUCGAAAGGUCUUGGAAAUGGCCUUGCAUGUGCUGUCCAUGAACGGCAUCCGCUUCAGCCCUGAAGAGAUCAGCGAGCUUGUCCAAACAGAGGAAGAGGUGAUGAUCUAUGAAGUUGUGGACCGCAUGCCUGAAGGCUUGCGCGAUGGUUUCGAGCAUCUCACCUUGGAAUUGCUGGUGGUGGUGACCACAGCUGCGAGGAUGAGGACCACAGUUGAAGGUGAAGAGACCAACCCCAUCCAGGCAGUGAUGGAAGAGGAGGGAGGUACAGCCUUUGGACAGCAGACCUUGAAACGUGCAAUUCUCCAGGCCGCUAGCGAAGUGGCCAAAACCAUUCGCUGCAAGGAGACAUGGGGCCCCAACAUGGCAAAGCGCUUGGACCGAUUGAACCACUCUACGGAGAUCGCUGAAGAAUCCAACAAGCGGUUGUUGGUGGUGGAGGCGGAGUUGAACAAGCUGCCAGGGGCUCGUAGUGUCAAGGCAGUACACGCGCUGACUGGGUUCAUUGGUACCAGCAAGCAGGUGAUGCUCCAAUCCGCCUGGGCUGGCUGGUUGGGCGCUACCUUGCGAAGUAAGGGAGAACGCAACCUGACAUCUCGCUAUGAGACCGAGCUUCAGGCGGCCGAGGAAGAACUUGAGAAGUUCAAGGCCAGACACAUCAACAACAUCAGCCGUGUGGUGGAGCAAAACUACAAACGCGAAAACGAGGACCUGUUGAGCACAGUGAUGGCAGACUGGAGGAGUCAGACCUCUCGACAAAAGGCGGAGGCUUGGACCGAAGAUAAGGUGAAUAUCAUGCAGCUGACCAUCGGCAGGGCUGCCAAAGACAUGUGCGGUCGUGCGAAGAAGGUCAUUGGAAGGAUGCUCCAUGAGCAAGAAGGAGCCAGCAUUGCUGCCUGCUUUUCCUCUUGGGUACAAUUCAGUAGCGGCUACAAAAAAGAAAAAGAGUUCGAAGAACACGUGAAGAAUUUUGAAAAGCAGAUGAAGGUCUUCGUGGACAAGAAGAAGGAUGAUGCAGCCAUCAUCAUCAACAGAAUUUCAGCUUCAACAGAUAGCGGCUUGGUGCAGCAGACUUUGGCUGCAUGGAGCAGCUACACCUUUGAGGGUCAGAAGAUCAGACGAUUGGAGGGCAAGGUCUUCGGCUGUGACGACCGGUUGAGCGAAGUGAAGAAACAUCACCGGGAGAUCGCCUUUGACCUCUCAGGCCGCACCGGCGAUCAGAUUGACAUGAACACCAUGUACCAAGCAUGGAUGGCCUGGAGCUCUGUGAGUAGAACUUCCCGACUCGACAAGUACUACAGCGGCAAGAUCGAGAGCAAACGGAAACAGCUGUCGAGCGUCCAAAUUUUGUUCCAGAGCUUUGCGGAUGAGUUGGAGUCCGGCUUAGGAAUCAAGGACCAGGAGGAUGACUCCGGUGGACCGAAGGGCAAAGCUGCAGCUCGAGGUGUGACCAAGAGCGAUGCAGUCUAUGCAAUGGCUGGAGCAGUGGCUUCGAGAGUUGUGGGUUGA